AUGAAUAGCAUCAAAGCUGAGAAAGUUGAAGAUGAUGAAGUUAAAUUUUUGAAAGUCAAAGCUGAGAAAGUUGAAGAUGAGGAUGGAAAAUAUAGGAAAGUUAAAGCUGAGAAAAUAGAAGAUGAGGAAGUUAAAUUUUUGAAAGUUAAAGCUGCGAAAGUUAAAGCUGUGAAAGUUGAAGAUGAGGAAGUUAAACAUAAGAAAGUUAAAGCUGCGAAAGUUAAAGCUGUGAAAGUUGAAGAUGAGGAAGUUAAACAUAAGAAAGUUAAAGCUGAGAAAAUUGAAAAUGAGGAAGUUAAAGUUUUGAAAGUUAAAGCUGUGAAAGUUAGAGAUAAGAAAGUCAAAGCUGUGAAAGUUACAGAUAAGAAAGUUAAAGCUGAGAAAGUUGUAGGCACGAGCCAACCUCAGAAUAUAUAUGCCAUGGGAGAAAGCAGUUCCGACCCGUUAGCUAACGACUUUGAGGCACUGUUCAACAACCCGAGAUUUUCCGACGUCACCCUGAAAGCAGGUGAUCGCGAGUUCUCGGCGCACAAGCUGGUGUUGAGCAGCCGAUCGAAGGUGUUCGAAGCCAUGUUCCAGCACGACAUGCAGGAGAAUCGACAGGACACAGUCGACCUCGCCACCAUGGAGGUCGACACAGUCAAGGACAUGCUCCGUUACAUUUACUGCGGCAAAGUGCGCCGGUUGACUCCCGGAGAUGCUCUUCGCCUGUACGCGGCGGCGGACCGGUACGAUUUGCGAGAACUGGUGCACCAUUGCCGCGCGAUCAUGCUGAGCGGGUUGUCGAUCGACAAUAUCUGCGAAGUAAGUUCGGUCGCCGACUUGCACCAUGACCAGACACUCAUGGACGCCGUGAAAGAGCUUCUGGCCGAAAACACGAAGCAGGUUUUGAAGACUGACAAGUGGCAAGAAUUUGCAAAAGAGAAUCCAAGCUUGGUGCUGAAUUUAAUUCACGCUGUAAUUCUAAAUAAUUGA